UUUCAUGUUGGACUUUUUUCGCGUUUACCGUAACCUUUCACAUGGAUACACUUGGACCAUCCGAUGAUGAUCAUGUCGUAGGUCCAGUAUAUAACCUGGCGUUGCCGCAUUCGACUGCUUCUCGUAUUAUCAAAUCCUACUCUUUAGACUUUUCACGCAUCUUCUUACACUGUACAUUACUGUACUAUCUCUAAAAAAUCUACCUCAAGGCUUAACUCCAAUCUCCUCUCCACCAUGUCAAAUGCUACCUUCUACAAAGGCUCGAAGUCUGGUCGGAUCCAGAAGGCCGAUACGCAAUUGAAGAAGCUCGAGGGCGAUUUUGUCCGACUUCGUAUCACUGCAUCAGGAGUAUGUGGUACUGAUCUUCACUACCGCACACAGCCAAUGGCUCUUGGCCACGAAGGUGUUGGCAUUGUCGAAGAGACCGGCCCAGCCGUUAAGCACUUGCAGAAAGGUGAUCGUGUCGGCUGGGGUUACGUUCACGACACUUGUGGAGAGUGUGAGCACUGUUUGACAGGCAUGGACACUUUCUGCUGGUCGCGCGCGAUGUACGGAGAGGCAGAUCUCGACCAAGGAAGUUUCGGCACAGGUGCUGUGUGGAGAGAAGCUUUUCUCUUCAAGGUCCCAGACUCAAUCGCAGAUGAGCACGCCGCACCUCUACAAUGCGGUGGUGCAACCGUCUUUGGCGCUCUCGAAAUACACAACGUCAAAUCGACAGACCGCGUGGGCAUAAUCGGUGUUGGUGGGCUAGGGCAUCUUGCAAUCCAGUUCGCUUCUAAGAAAGGAUGCGAUGUCGUUGUAUUCAGCGGAACAGAAUCGAAAAAGGAUGAAGCCAUGGAACUAGGCGCUAGCUCCUUCUACGCCAUGAAGGACAAGAAGCCGGGCGACACAGAUAUCGGUCGUCCGCUCGAUGCUCUCAUCGUCACUGCUUCCGCUCUGCCUGACUGGAGUCUAUACAUCCCGCUACUCAACCGCGGCGCAAAGAUUUUCCCCCUGUCAGUCGCAGAGGGUGACUUUGCCAUUCCACACAUGCAGAUGAUGUCAAAUGGCUUAGUUAUCCAGAAUUCCCUCGUUGCACCACGUCUUGUGCAUCAGCGCAUGCUUGAGUUCGCCGCCCAUCACGGCAUCAAGCCUAUGGUCGAGAAGUUUGAGAUGAGCGAAAAGGGCAUAGAAGAAGCCAUGGAAAAACUUGAUGCUGGUAAACUACGGUACCGCGCUGUGCUUCUGAACAAGCAGUAGAGUCGACUUGUCUUUUAUUUUUGCGGUAUGGCGCUAGUAUGUAUGCAUUGUUACGGAGUAAAGAGCUUUUGAUCAAAAAAGUUACUUUUUUACGAAGUCAAUACGUCAAUUCUGUUAGGACGGUGCGUCCCAUAUGUUUUGGUCACAUCAUUUUCGUCUUUUGCUCAUUCCUAGACUUGACUGAUAAUCUUGCUUAUGGGUCCAGAGAUGUGAUUUGCGGAACGGAGGAUAUCUAUAGUUCUGUGAAGUGCAACUCAUCUGGCUUUACACCAAAAAGUAUCGUUUCCAUCUUCCAUGAUAUUGU